AUGGAGGGUCAGACCCGUCUCCGCCACAAGAAGGAGGCGCUCGAGGCGAAGGGCGAGUAUGUCCGCACCGUUCGCGGCACGCGCUUCAGCUCGGUGCCCAACGUGGACCCAGAUGGACCUCCCGCGGCUGGCCACGCCAUCUUCUGCCCUGAUGGCUUCAAUGGCGUGCCCCUUAGCGAGAUCGCCCGCGCUAUGCAGAGUAUGCCUGGUGUGAAGGUCCAUGUCUUUCCCUGCAAGUAA